AGCUACCUGUACCCCAACAAGAUCCGGUUCUGCAGAACAACUAGAGCUUGGUCAUAAUCAUCAUAUUUUUACCGUCGUCCAUGCAAGGAGUUGAGGUAGUAGACGAGGCGAUUGCGAUCACGCCGCACGAUAUCGUGAACUAAUCGCUGCCACAACACUUCUAGAGCAUGCAGUUCGGGAUUGACGUCGGUCAGCUAAGAGGCGCUUCUACGGAUGGUGGUGUGUUUGCGUCACACCGUACUCCGUAGCCAAGUCAGCCGGAACAGUUCCAAAUACUCGUAGACUGUCGUGCAAAUGCUUACACCACAACUGCGCGUGUAGUUUUUAGGAGGUGCUGUGCAUUGUGGGUAUUUGCUGGAAAACGUUCAGCAAGCUGAACUCAACACAGCAGCUGCUACCGGUGAUACUAGUCACGGGGGGGAUAUUGUGGAAACUGAACUCCCCUCCAGUGAGUUCUGGCCACGCUGAUCUCCGUCAGUGUGCCGUAAGCCAGUCAAGUGGCGUUAGUUACUCCAGAACAGACAGGGAGACAGCGGAGGGAACUCAAGCUGUUUCCCGGCGGAGCAUGAGUAGCAAUUGCCAGGGGAGUGCCAAAUAUCAAGCUACUAACUAUGGAGUCGAAGGGGAAGCUUGAUGACGACGCGACGGCCUUGCUGAAAAGUCCGGGAACGGAAGCGGUAACGUCACAAGUGGAUGCGGAUGCCAAGCAGACCGCAGACGAGACGAGCUCGGCGUUGACAGAUCUCUCUCGUCUGCACCGCGGUCUGAUCGUGUGUUGCGUGUGUCUCGCCGUGUUCAGUGUCUCCUUCAACCUGGGCACUCUCGGUCCGUUCUUCUUCAAAGCCGCUCUGGCAAAGAACCCGGGGGCUGGUGCCGGGUAUCACACCGCUAUUGGCGCCGUGUUCAGCUUCAGCCACCUGGCUGGACUGUUCAUAGGCCCGCUGAUCGUGCAUGACCUUCCUAAUAUCGGCAGCAAGCAAGUGCUGGUGCUGGCAACGGGUACCAUGGGUUCCGCUUCGCUACUCUUCUCCGCUUUGAACAGUAUCUCUGAUUGGAAGGUGUUCUUAGCCUAUUCCUACGUCAUACGGUUCAUAGUGGGUGCAGCGCUGCUCGGGACCACUAUACCGGCAAUGACGUACCUGACCCAGAUGUACCCGGGCAGCCUGGGAUUUGUGAACAGCUGUAUGACGACGAGCCUGUCCCUGGGUCAUGCGUUCGGUACCCUGCUAUCGGGAGCCCUGUACGACAUCGGUGGUUUCAUGCUGCCAUUCAUUGUUACGGGUAUUGUCGGUCUCCUGGCUUCGCUCUCCGUCGCGCUAGUGGUGCUCGACAUCGACAAGCUCGCGCUAGAGCAACGAAGCGGAGUUGCAGAGAAGCAAGUCCGUACGCUCGCCCUUCUCCGCUAUCCCUGGACCUGGUUCUUGCUGGUGCUGACUGCGUUCGUCACGCUGGCCUACUGUGCCGUUGAGGCGUUGCUCGGACAGCGCAUGCGAUCGGAAUUCGGCGUGAGCCCGGCGAUCAUUGGCACGGCCCUAGCACUUCUGUUCACGUUGAGUGUUGUGCUAGCGCCGCUGGUCGGCAAGGUGUUGGACAGAGGCUGGAACACCUAUGUGAUCCUGGCCGUGGCACAGUCCCUGAUGGCACUUGGCUGUAUCCUGGUUGGCCCUGCACCAGGCCUGCGCUUGCCCAGUUCCCUGACUCUAGUGUUCAUCUCCAUGCUACCUCUGGGUAUAGGGCGAGUGAUGGCCAUCGUCGGAUGUCCCGUUGCACUGGCCCAGUUCCUGCAGGAGGCAGGGGUGGGCACAGUGGGCGAGACCAGAGUGGCGCUGAUCGGCCUGUACCGGACAUGCCUGGCCGCCGGCUUCGUCGCCGGUCCGCUCAUCAUGAGUCCACUGGUGUCCGUCUUGAACUUUCCAGCAGCGUUCGGUCUUCUUGGACUGGUGUAUCUUGCACUGGCAUUGCUAAUUGUUACGCUGAAAUGGUCAGGUACUCUAGCUAGCAAGGUGAAGCUGCUGUUUGGUGCCCGAGCUUCUGUGGACAGAGAACAGUGAUAUGGGUACUGUGGACCCUGGAGAGAACACUCAACUUCAGCCCGACCUCCAUAGAUGACGUUCCAUUUCCAGACUCUGUAUCUGUCUGUCUGUCUGUCUCUCUGUCUGUCUGUCUGCCUGUCUGUCUGUCUGCCUUUCUGUCUGUCUGUUUGUCUUUCUUUCUUUCCCAGCCUCUCAUUUUGUUCUGCGGGUGUAUUCACAAUAUUGUACCAGGUUCGUUGUAAUGACCAUGUAAAAACGAUCAUGUUCUUAUGAACCCACAGCGCAAAAUUGCCUCAGGGAGGGAGGGAUGGUCAGCAAUAUCUGCCCAGGCACAAAUUCAUUGUAGUCGACCGAGAUUAUUAUUGUGACUCAUCCCUCCAUGCA